UUGCUCCAGAGCCCGUUUUUUUCCGAUCGACUCGAAGGAUUCUGCUUUGUAGCCAGCUAGCCUGCUAGCUAGCGAUGAACACGGACGUGGAAUUUCACAUCAGGCAGAAUUAUCCGUGGAACAAGCUCCCAGCUAAUGUCAAACAGAGUUUGGGGAACUCGCAGCGUGAGUACGAGAAACAUGUGCUCCUGUACAGCAUCCGCAACCAGCUGCGAUUCCGCAAUAACCUAGUUCGCCACGUGAAGAAGGAUGAGCGCAAGUAUUACGAGGAGCUGCUGAAGUACAGCCGGGACCACCUGAUGCUGUACCCGUACCACCUGUCGGACAUCAUGGUCAAAGGGCUACGAGUCACUCCGUUCUCGUAUUACAUAGGAAUCAUGGAGGUGAGCAGAUGA